UUUGCGACCCCCCCAUGAAGCAACGCCCAAUUCUGGCGAUCUCGUGGGCCGUUUUCGUUUUGAUCUCGUUUUGCAGCGGAGGCGGGACCGGGAGAGAGCGAGCGAAGUCGAUGGCAGAGCGAGCACGGAAGACAUGUGUUUUGGCUUGCCCCUUUGGAGGUGCCUUUGGCGCUGCCGGAGUCAAUCAUCGUCACCCGCAGGAGUUUCGAGGCCCACAUGCGCGGCUACGCUUUCAAGUCGUGGGAGGAGCUGGUGCGGGCGCAGCCUGGGGGCCUGGCUCCGCAGGGGGCCAGCCUGACGUCUGUGAAGUGCGACCCCAUGCAGGUGUUCGGCUUCAUCGCGACGAUGCUGCUCCAGCUUUGCAUCUGGGGCUUGGUCGGUUAUUUCUGGACCCAGAGCGCAGCGGUUGGUAUCGUGCUCACGUCCGUCUACGGCAUUGUUCUUUGGUUCUGCAUCGGCGCGGUGCCACGGCAGAUGGCCGGGAUGCUUUGGCCCAAUUUCCCUGUAGUUGUGGGCGUUAUCGGGUUGCAGGCCGCAUCUCUUACUUCGCAGAACGUGACAGCCGUGAUGGUGCUGUUUUGCGUCAGCAUCCCGUCGAGCGCAACCGCUGCGUUUCUCAUGAGGAAGCUCCCCGAAGAUCCAGAUCGCGCCGUACUGGUGACGAAUUUGUUCGCGGGGUUGCUCUCGGGCGCCAUGGCUAUCUGGGGGAUGUUCCCAGGCGCAUAUGGUGACGAUGAUGCCUUCGGUUGGUACUGGGGCUCUGGCAGCCUGGUGGUGCUCGGGGCGGCGGCAAUCGGAGCCGCCGCAGCGCUGCGUGCCUCCAGUGGAAGAUGGGGGUCCGUGGAGCUCGUGACGUGGACGAUGAACGUGGGGUCGCUGGCGGUGUUCCUGGGCACGUGCAGUAUGCUCUGGGGCCCCGACACAGGAGCCUAUGAGCUUCUCUGUUGGCUGCCCUUCUCCGCUGUUAGCGCGGCGCUCGGAGCCCUCGGCCUGAGGUUCAACAGGACGUUCCCAGUGCUUCUGAGCGCGGCGGGAUUGUUCGCUGUGUGUGUCCGGAUCAGUGUCGUAGCCAUGAGCAUCACGGGCGGGAAUUUUGUCGUGGGCAUGUGCACAUUCGGCGCACUCGGCAUCGCCGUUGUGGUUGUUGCCCAUCGGCUUCUGGGUCAGGGCGACAAACCUACCAGUGCUCGGGACAGUCUUUUUUGACCCUCGUGGGUCAGAACUCUUUGUCCGCUAGAUGUCCCUGGGUCGAGCUCCCUUUCUUCCUUCCUUCUGUCUCCUCCCCUGAACCUUACCAACUUCCUGGGAGGUGUCUGGCUUGGUCGCUUGAUUUUUGGCAAUGACCCGUUCUCGGUGUUAAAGGCACCGCUGCCGAUUGCUCUUUGAACUUGACCGUAAUUGGCGUCUCCUCUGACCAUCCGCCGCUGGCCAUCGUGUCUUCUGGCUUGGCGCAGGCAUCAAUGAGACCCUUGCACAGGCUGGCCUCAUGAAGCCUUGGAGAAA